AUGGUAAGAAAUCGACGCCGCCCAUGGAUACCCGUAACACCAAAGGAAGUACGACGGCGUUGUGGCGAUGUGGAGGAAGGAUUGGGAUUCCGUCGAGCCGACCCAUUCGUGCCGAAGCUCGACUCUCUUAUACUUUCGCCCAAGGAUACCCGUAACACCAGAGGAAUUACGAGUUCUUGCAGAGAUAUUUCUAAACGUCCACCUUAUCCUUUGCCACCGGAAGUGUACGACUAUGUUGAUGCUUCUGGACAGGGUGUUACGAACAAUACAUUCAACAUAGCCGAUGAAAGGACCCCCAAUCCUGCUAGGAAAAAUCCACAAGAGCCUACUCACCGCAGCCGCCGUGAGAGACUUGGGUUUCAAGCGCCUAAGACUGUCCAUGAAAGGACUACACCUAAAAUUGGUAGGAAGCUACCACCACCACCGAAAGAACUGUUGCCUCUCUCAUCAUCAAAGGAGAUAAGAUUACCAACAUCAAGACCAACUCAUACUGGUGUAGGCCAAGAUAGUCGACUGACAGAAAAUUGGGAGUACGAGCAGUUGUCGCCUAUGCAAAAAUAUUUAUAA